AUGACACAGACGUCCGGAUCAUCGGCUGCUCCUGGCGCAGCCACCGUCACAACAGGCUACGAGCUUCCAUGGGUAGAAAAGUACCGUCCGCUGCGACUCGACGAUGUGGUCGGCAACAAAGACACCAUCGAUCGGCUCAAGGUGAUCCAGAAGGACGGCAACUGUCCGCACCUGCUCAUCUCGGGUCUUCCUGGUAUCGGCAAGACCACCUCCGUUCUCUGCCUCGCACGCGCUCUCCUUGGCGAUGCUUACAAGGAAGGUGUGCUCGAACUCAACGCAUCCGACGAACGAGGUGUCGACGUGGUUCGCAACAAGAUCAAGACGUUUGCACAGAAAAAGGUGUCGCUCCCACCUGGAAGACACAAGAUCAUCAUCCUCGACGAGGCCGAUAGCAUGACACCCGCUGCCCAGCAGGCGUUGAGAAGGACCAUGGAGAUCUACUCCAACACCACCAGGUUUUGCUUCGCCUGCAACCAGAGCAACAAGAUCAUCGAACCCAUUCAAUCACGUUGCGCCAUUCUGCGAUACGGCAAGGUCAGAGACGAACAGAUCCUGAAGCGAUUGCUGGAGAUCUGCGAGAUGGAAAAGGUCGAAUAUUCGGACGAAGGCCUGGCCGCCAUCAUCUUCACCACCGAGGGUGACAUGCGUCAGGCGAUCAACAACCUUCAAUCCACCUGGACAGGCUUGGGCUUCGUCAGCCCGGACAACGUGUUCAAGGUGUGCGACCAACCACAUCCCUUUCUCAUCCGAACCUUGCUGUUGGCCUGCAAGAAGGGCGAUGUGGACGAAGCCAUGGAGAAGCUAGAUGAGAUCUGGGGUAAGGGUUAUGCAGCGGUGGAUAUUGUCACGACGCUGUUCAGGGUGGUCAAGACGCUGGAUGGCAUUCCGGAGGCGACCAAGUUGGAGUUUAUCAAGGAGAUCGGCUGGACGCAUAUGAAGAUCUUGGAGGGUGUGGCGACGGUGGUGCAGCUGGGUGGGCUCAUCGCGAGGUUGUGCAAGCUGAGCAUGGAUCCCAAGCAAUUUCAAGUCUAG